GCCCGGGACGGCCCCGCCACCCCACCCCCGGGAGCCGAGAGCGGCCCCGGGAGAGUCCGAGGCCCCGGCGGGCCCCGGAGACUGCGUCUCCCGCCCCCUCCAGGACCUUUCCCCGAGCCCGACAGCGCCCCCGGGGGGUGGCACGGCACCUUUGCGCGCGUGCCCUGGGGUGCUUCCCCUUCCCCUCUCCCUGGCCAUGGUCCCCGCGGCUUAGACACCUCCUCCGCCGCCGCCGCUCGGAGCAAGCCGCGGGGGGGGCCGGAUGGACGGGGCCGGGGGGCCCGGCGAGGGCCCUGCUCAGGAGGCCCUGCAGUCCCUGAGCCAGCGGCUUCAGGUGCAGGAGAAGGAGAUGGAGCUGGUAAAGGCGGCCCUGGCAGAAGCCCUUCGCCUGCUGCGGCUGCAGGCGCCCCCCACCUCCCUGCAGGACUCUGGCAGGAUAGCUCCUACAAGGGACAGCAGCCCCGCGACCCCACCAGGACUGCCACCCUCAUGCAGCCCCUCCUUGGUGAGCCGAGGCACCCAGACGGAGACCCAGUUGGAGAUGGAGCCAUCCCCUGGAACCCCUGGCCUGAGCAAUGGGCCCCCAGCCCCUCAGGGGGGCAGUGAAGAGCCUAGUGGGACCCAGUCGGAAGGAGGGGGCAGCAGCAGCAGUGGCACGGGCUCCCCUGGGGGCACUGGCUCCGCGGGUGUUCUCAGGCUCGUACAGCCGCCACAGCGCUCUGACUCGACGCGGAGAAAUUCCUCCUCAUCCCCCUCCGAGCGGCCUCGACAGAAACUCUCCCGGAAGGCAGCUUCCUCGGCCAACCUGUUAUUGCGGUCAGGGAGCACAGAGAGCCGUGGGGGGAAAGACCCCCUCUCCAGCCCUGGGGGUCCUGGAUCUCGGAGAAGCAAUUACAAUUUGGAAGGCAUCUCAGUGAAGAUGUUCCUUCGUGGCCGCCCAAUUACCAUGUACAUCCCAUCUGGCAUCCGCAGCCUUGAGGAGCUGCCCAGCGGCCCACCCCCGGAGACCCUCAGCCUUGACUGGGUCUAUGGGUACAGGGGCCGUGACUCCCGCUCUAAUCUGUUUGUGCUGCGUUCUGGGGAGGUGGUCUACUUUAUCGCCUGUGUGGUGGUGCUGUACCGGCCUGGGGGAGGCCCAGGGGGUCCCGGAGGUGGCGGCCAGAGACAUUACCGGGGGCACACGGACUGCGUUCGAUGCCUGGCCGUUCACCCUGAUGGUGUUCGUGUAGCCUCAGGACAGACAGCUGGAGUGGAUAAGGAUGGGAAGCCCUUGCAGCCUGUGGUUCAUGUCUGGGACUCCGAGACGCUGCUGAAGCUGCAGGAGAUUGGACUGGGGGCCUUUGAGCGGGGCGUGGGGGCCCUGGCCUUCUCAGUGGUGGACCAGGGUGCUUUUCUUUGUGUGGUGGAUGAUUCCAAUGAGCACAUGCUGUCUGUGUGGGACUGCAGUCGGGGCACAAAGCUGGCUGAGAUCAAGAGCACAAAUGACUCAGUGCUGGCUGUCGGCUUCAGCCCUCGUGACAGCAGCUGCAUUGUCACCAGCGGGAAAUCUCAUGUCCACUUCUGGAACUGGAGUGGUGGAGUAGGGGUUCCCGGGAAUGGGACCCUCACCCGGAAACAGGGUGUCUUUGGGAAAUACAAGAAACCCAAGUUUAUCCCUUGCUUUGUGUUCCUCCCGGAUGGGGACAUUCUCACUGGGGACUCAGAGGGGAACAUUCUCACCUGGGGGCGGAGCCUCUCAGAUUCCAAGACCCCAGGCAGGGGCGGGGCCAAAGAGACCUAUGGGAUUGUGGCCCAGGCCCAUGCUCAUGAAGGUUCCAUCUUUGCCCUGUGUCUCCGGCGAGAUGGGACUGUGCUGAGCGGUGGCGGGCGAGACCGCCGGCUGGUGCAGUGGGGGCCCAGUUUGGUGGCCCUCCAGGAGGCUGAGAUUCCUGAACACUUUGGGGCUGUGCGGGCCAUUGCUGAGGGGCCGGGCUCUGAGCUGCUAGUGGGAACCACGAAGAACGCAUUGCUGAGAGGCGAUCUGGCCCAGGGCUUCUCCCCUGUGAUCCAGGGCCACACGGACGAGCUCUGGGGGCUGUGCACACAUCCCUUCCAGAACCGCUUCCUCACCUGCGGCCAUGACAGGCAGCUCUGCCUGUGGGAUGGUGAGAGCCAUGCGCUGGCCUGGAGCAUCGACCUCAAGGAGACUGGUCUCUGUGCUGACUUCCACCCCAGUGGGGCAGUUGUGGCUGUAGGACUGAACACAGGGAGGUGGCUGGUUUUGGAUACAGAGACCAGAGAAAUCGUGUCUGACGUCACUGAUGGCAACGAACAGCUCUCAGUGGUUCGGUACAGCCCAGAUGGGAUGUACCUGGCCAUUGGUUCCCAUGACAACAUGAUCUACAUCUAUAGCGUUUCCAGCGAUGGUGCCAAGUCCAGCCGCUUUGGCCGCUGUGUGGGUCACUCCAGCUUUAUUACUCACCUUGACUGGUCCAAGGAUGGGAACUUCAUCAUGUCCAAUUCUGGGGACUAUGAGAUCCUUUACUGGGACGUGGCUGGAGGCUGCAAGCUGCUGAGGAAUCGCUAUGACAGCCGAGACCGAGAGUGGGCCACCUACACGUGCGUGCUGGGCUUCCACGUCUAUGGCGUGUGGCCAGACGGCUCGGAUGGCACCGACAUCAACUCCCUGUGCCGCUCCCACAACGAGCGUGUGGUGGCUGUGGCCGACGACUUCUGCAAAGUGCACCUCUUCCAGUACCCGUGCGCUCGCGCCAAGGCACCGAGCCUCGUGUACGGUGGCCAUGGCAGCCACGUGACCAGCGUCCGGUUCACUCACGAUGACUCGCACCUCAUCUCGCUGGGCGGCAAGGACGCCAGCAUCUUCCAGUGGCGAGUGCUGGGCGCUGGGGGCUCGGGGCUGGCGCCUGCCACGCCCUCUCGAACCCCCUCUCUGUCCCCAGCCUCCUCUCUUGACGUCUGACCGCUGCGGGACGGAUCACACCGGCCCUGCAGGAUGGCCCCGCCCCACCCCACCCCUCAGGACCAGGGGCCAACUUUUCCUUGACUUGGAGACAUUCCCGAUUGCGCAUUUCCCUGGAGGGGGCGAACGGCACCCCUGCACACACUGUUUAGAUCCGCUGGCUGAGCCCGGCAGCCCCAGCCUGGGCCCUGACUCCCGCUGCCUGCUGAGGGGCAAUAAACCAAAAGAAAAGUCGCCUCCCAGUCCUUUUGUGGGGCUCGGCUGGGCGCCUCGGGGGCCUUGUGGGGGUGGGGAUGAAGCAGAAGAGGAGCGCGGAAAGGGUUAGGGAGAACAGGCCAUUCAUGCAAAUGACAGGCAAAUAACCCCGCGAGGCGCA